AUGAAUUCGAAUAGUUGGAGUAUUCAUCAAUUAUUUGGUUUGCUCGAUCAGAAUCAAGAUGGAUACAUUGAUGUACAUGAUAUGAAAGCAGUAUCACAUUUACUGGCAAGCGAGAAUGCGAAUACGCUGUUGGAUCAAGUGGGAGACGAGACAUCAAUUGCAUUUUCAGAGUUUGCUUCACUGCUGGAUAGACAUGAAAUAACAGAAAAUGAUCUCAAGUCGGAACACCUCGGAAAAAUCAUGAAUAUAAUGGUUACUCAUACUUUGUCGGUUCCGUCGUCAUCUUCAACCAGCUACAGAGAGCCUAAAUUAUACGACAAGACUAUCGAUAUGCUGACCUCUGAUACAAUGAAACACUUGAUUGCAGGUGGUGUUGCUGGUGCGGUAUCUCGUACUGUUGUGAGUCCAAUGGAAAGAAUGAAAAUCCUAUUUCAGGUACAAGGCCCCAAUAUGCCUGCUUACACUGGCGUAUGGUCGACAUUGGGCCGCAUGUGGAAGGAAGAAGGAUGGCGAGGUUUUAUGAGAGGAAAUGGCACCAAUGUCAUUCGUAUGAUCCCGUACAGCGCAUCGCAGUUUGCAGCCUAUGAGCAGUUCAAAUCAGCAUUGAUGGAGCCAGGAAAAUCAGAGUUAGAUACCCCAAGACGACUUGUAGCUGGUGGGUUAUCUGGCGUUGUUUCGGUAGCAUGUACCUACCCAUUAGACCUUGUCCGCACUCGAUUAUCCAUCCAGUCUGCAUCGCUCUCUAUCAGCACCAAUAGCAAUGUACCAGUAAAGUUACCAGGCAUUGUGUCUACUGUCCAGUUGAUUUAUAAAACAGAGGGCGGUUUGCGUGGAUUGUAUAGAGGUCUAUGGCCAACGACGCUGGGCGUCGCUCCGUAUGUUGCACUUAACUUCCAAUGUUACGAAGUCUUAAAAGAUUAUUUAAUUCCUAUACAAGAAGACCACGGAAACAUUCGAAAGCUGUUUUGCGGUGCGUUGGCUGGAUCGAUUGCUCAGACCAUCAUAUAUCCCUUGGAUGUACUGCGACGCAGAUUUCAAGUGAGUGGCAUGAACAGCAUGGACUACAAGUACAACGGCACAUGGCAUGCGCUAAAGACGAUGGCACAGAAAGAGGGAUUCAAAUCGCUCUAUAGAGGAUUACUGCCCAACUAUCUCAAAGUAGCACCUGCCAUGGGCGUUACAUUUUACUCUUAUGAACUAUGUAAAGAAAUUAUGCAUGCUAAAUAA